CCAAAUUGCUUCAAACAUGGAGCAAAUGGAAGCCGCGAUCGCGGAGCUUCGUAUCAGCGAGGGCAAGAACAUUGCAAAGGUUGCUAGGGAACACGGGAUUAACCGGAGUACCCUUUCUCGCCGCUACCAUGGAAAGACAGUAUCUCGAUUGGAUGCGCACGAAAAUCAACGAAACCUCGACGCUGCGCAAUCGGCUGCGCUUCUUGGCUAUAUUGAAAGCCUCACAGAGAGAGGAUUACCUCCUACCAUCGAAAUGCUAAGGAAUAUAGCCGCCGAGAUCAUAGGCUAUGUGCCAGGCAAGAAUUAGGCCACUAGGUGGAUUUCUACGCACAGUAUAAGUAGUGCUUAAUUCUGGGUAUCUUUCAAUGCUUAAUAUAGAGAGGAAGAAG